GCAUACGGAUAUCUGCAUCCUGCUGCCACGUCAGGGCUGUCCGCGUUGGCAGGUAAGAAGCGAGAGUGACAGCCGUUGCACCAAUAGGAGAAGCGUACUGAGGGGAAACUUGGAUCCCAUUCAAUAGAAUUUGAUGGGGGUGGGACCCUGCAUGACUGUCAUCAUCAGAUGACGAACUGAGUCACAGUUCGCUGCAGUUGGCAAUCGAGGCGCAGACAUGUGUGGUGAGUGUUUUAUAGAAUACAUUUAAUAAUUGUAAAUUUGCAACAAUUAACACAGAUAAUGGAAAUUGUAAAUAGUUGUGAGGUUAAAACAACUGGUUUUGGAGAAGUAUGUCUCAAUAUUUGUAGUUAGCUAGUCUGGACACAUCAGUUUCCAUCUCAAGUCAAGAGAAAGCUAACGUUAACCACACUGAUCACCUUAUGGCUAUCUAGUGGAAACCCUUGCCAGGCGAAACAGGUUAACCGAUCAAAUGAUUGAAUUAAUACCUUGUAAUUGAGCUUGUAAAUUGGCUAUCGGAUCAUAGAUCAUGUUUUAUAGCUAUCAAUGUUAUCAGACAAAUUGAGGGCGGCUAAGCGUUUUGGUGUUUAUUAGCCGUGUACUACACACCCAUUUCCAAUAACGACAGCUAGCUAUAAUCCAUUGCUAGCUACUUGAUUGACAGUGUGUUAUCGCUCCAUAAUUCCUGUCAUUGAUGUUACAGCUUGGUAUGAUGUCGUCACGUUUUAAUAGGCUCUAUACUAGGAUUUAUUAGCUACCUUCUUUUCACCAGUUUACAAACCAGCUUGGUUUUGUGUGAUUAGACAGAACGCACGCACUGCGCAAGUCGUACUGUUUCAUUCAUUGGCUUGCUAGAAUAGAUAGAUCAACGCUGAAACUGAUGAUGAUGAUAGUCUAAAUGCCACUUCCACAGUGAUGAUCCCACACUGAUUCGAAUGAGUUACGGGGUUAUUAGGGGGAUUUAAAAUUAUAGGUAGCUAUGCUAUGUUUCUUUUUUAACCGGUCAGUGUCUGAAUAUUAGAAUGGUGAUGGAUUAGUUCUCCACUCUUCAUCUCUCACUGCUCCUGAAGCACACAAUUGUGUUUUGAAUAGCCAACCAGUAUAAAUAAUUUGGAUCAUUCACUUUUGGGGUUAGGGGGACACUUAGCACUAUUAAAUCCAUUAGUAAAAGAGGCAAUCAGACAAGGUCCUGAUAAGAAGGAACACUGUAUUCUCUGUGCCACUCCUAUCUGAGUAAGGACAAAAAUGACCAAAAUAGAUAUUCCUCAUACUGAACUGCUGCAGAUUAAUUCCAAAGGAAGGAAUAGUGGUAAGACUGACAUGCACUGAGAUUUUAUGAGGGCUCCUUAUUUAUCCUACUCUAUGCUUGGUAACCCUCGUUCUAAACAAAGCUGAGCCUUGUGUGCUCCCACCUUGCCUUGCCCAUUCACCUCCCUGCUACCUUCCUCCGUCGCCCUGUGCCCAGCUGCUUUCAAUGGAUGCUCUGUUGCACUGCUUCAAUUGCAGUGCCUCUGUACAUAGUCACUCUUUAUUUUAUCACCGCCCCUCUAUAUCCUCAUCUUAUUGGGAAUUUAUAUCAUUGAGUGUUGUAUUAACCUAAAGCAUAGCUGUCUCUUGGCUUUCAUAAUUUAGGCUAGUUUUAUUUGACUGGUUUGUUUAAACCUUCUGCCAUCGUUCUUGUUGUAAUGUAUGUGGGUUGUUGAUGGCAAUGGGGCUGAGCACAGGUAAAGGGGCACAAAUAGGCGUAUGUAGGCAAACCUCUGUUCAUCCAUGCAUUUUUGGAAUAAAUGGCACUGUUUUCAAUUGGUAUCAUAUUCCUCUCAGAUGAGUUCUAAACUGCACAGAAGCAUAGGCUACAGCAGCUCCUGUGGAGUACUAGUGUAGUGCCCUGCACCUGGUCCCUCUGUCAACAUAUUUCCCCAACACUAGAACGCCCUGUUCCGUUGACUCUCCCAGUAUCCACGUCUCAAGGUGACUUCCCAUGUAAAACCUGUCUGGUAGCUUAACAUCCAGGGCAGGCUGUGCCCUCAGGAACAGAUGUAUAGUUCCACACAAAACUGUUUCCAAUUAGGUUGAACAAGUCAGACAGGUUUCUGUUCUUGUUUGUCGACUAACUAUCAGUGUAUACAUAGUUUGAGGUCACUGACAAAUUGCAAUUCCUGCAAGAUGACUGAUAGCUCCAGAGCUGUUGUCUUUUUUAAAAAUUGCGUUAAUAUUUGAACGUUUUCACAUGUGGAAAUUCUUGGGGUAGUUGUUGUUUUGAGGUUGCUGUGAAUUUUAAUGAGCCAGUUAUUGAACAGCCUGCAGAUUACAUCAGCUAGGCUAGCUAGUCAAUGGAACCUUUAGCGUUUCCUACGCAAUAGGCCUAUAUGAACAGAAAGUAUGCAUAUUGUUUUAUUUGGUCUCUAUUGACCUAAUCACAGACCACCAAAAGCAAACAGUAAUACCCACUAUUAGGCUUUGUUCACUUAAUCCCUUAAAACAGUUGUGAAAUUCCUUUGCUUUAUAUUUUGUUUGUGUUUCCUAGUUGAAAUCUGUUUCCCUGUACCUUCCUUCCCGUCAGGAAUUUUUGCCUAUCUGAACUACCACGUGCCACGGACUCGCCGGGAGAUCCUGGAGAUCCUCCUCAAAGGCCUGCUCCGUCUGGAGUACCGUGGCUACGACUCUGCCGGUGAGCUGAGGGAGAUGGCUUGUGUCAACACACUGACUGCGUCUGUCUGUCUGCAUGUUUAUCGGCUGACUUUCCCUCUCACUGUAGGCCCCGUCGGCAGGCGUCAGUUAUUCUGCUGCUUAUCUACAGGAGUCAUGUUUUUGUUCUGUCUCCUAAUGUUAAAAACAAUGAUUGUCCAUUGUAUGCGCUAGUCUUGAGCAGGACUAUCCAAUCUAAUCACGGUUACAUUUAUGCUCUGUCUGCUGUCAGACUAGCAUGUGUAAAAUAACUUGUACAAAAUCACGCAACAGAGCCAUAUUUGACUACUCUGUAGAAAUACGAUUCUCUCUCUUUUUGCCAGGUGUUGGAAUUGAUGGAGGGAAUGGCAAAGAAUGGGAGGCCAAUGCCCGGUCUAUUCAGCUGAUCAAGCAGAGCGGAAAAGUGAAGGCUCUUGACGAUGAGAUCACCAGUAAGACUACAUUUGAUGUGUUUGAGGGCUUAAGGACUGUUGCCAGCAUUUGUAAGAAUGUUUACUGAUUAGAUAAGUGGAUUUGAAUAGAAUUCAUACAAUGAAAAUGGCUCAAACCUACUUCAUGUAGAGUGCAUGUAAAUUACUUUAUGAAGCUUGCCUUUCAACAGUGUUUGUGUUUGUCCCACAGAGCAGCAGGACAUGGACAUGGAUGUGGAGUUUGAUGUCCACCUUGGCAUCGCCCACACUCGCUGGGCUACCCAUGGUGCCCCCAGCCCUGUCAACAGCCACCCACAUAGGUCUGACAAGAGCAACGGUCAGUACUACAGACAUUCCCUAAACUUGUAGUAAAAUUAAGUAUAGGCACACAUUCUGCUAGAUAUUGGCUGACUAUAUAGAGUAAAUAGGGAUGUUUUUAGUAUAUAAGUGUAUGUGUCUAUCAUCUUCUUUCUUUAGAGUUCAUUGUCGUUCAUAAUGGAAUUAUCACAAACUACAAAGACCUGCGGAAAUUCCUGGUGAGCAGAGCAACGUUUCAACAUAUUAAAUUUUUUGCCUAACGCAGUCUGUUUCUUUCAUUAACCAAGGCUACCAGCAAGCGUUAUCAGACUUCCAUGACUCCGCUAUGCAAUCUGGUUUCCGAGCUGGUCAUGGGUGCACCUCAGCCACGCUCAAGGUCCUAAACGAUAUAAUAACCGUGAUCGAUAGAAGACAGUACUGUGCAGCCAUCUUCAUCGACCUGGCCAAGGCUUUUGACUGUCAAUCACCGCAUUCUUAUAGGCAGACUAAAUAGCCUUUGUUUCUCAAAUGACUGCGUCGCCUGGUUCACCAACUACUUCUCAGAUAGAGUUCAAUGUGUCAAAUCGGAGGGCCUGUUGUCUGGACCUCUGGCAGUCUCUAUGGGGGUGCCACAGGGUUAACUUCUCGGGCCGACUCUAUUAUCUGUGUAUAUAAAUGAUGUCGCUCUUGCUGCUGGUGACUGCAGAUCCACCUCUACGCAGACGACACCAUUUUACAUACAGUGAGGGAAAAAAGUAUUUGAUCCCCUGCUGAUUUUGUACGUUUGCCCACUGACAAAGAAAUUAUCAGUCUAUAAUUUUAAUGGUAGGUUUAUUUGAACAGUGAGAGACAGAAUAACAACAAAAAAAUCCAGAAAAACGCAUGUCAAAAAUGUUAUAAAUUGAUUUGCAUUUUAAUGAGGGAAAUAAGUAUUUGACCCCUCUGCAAAACAUGACUUAGUACUUGGUGGAAAAACCCUUGUUGGCAAUCACAGAGGUCAGACGUUUCUUGUAGUUUGCCACCAGGUUUGCACACAUCUCAGGAGGGAUUUUGUCCCACUCUUUGCAGAUCUUCUCCAAGUCAUUAAGGUUUCGAGGCUGACGUUUGGCAACUCGAACCUUCAGCUCCCUCCACAGAUUUUCUAUGGGAUUAAGGUCUGGAGACUGGCUAGGCCACUCCAGGACCUUAAUGUGCUUCUUCUUGAGCCACUCCUUUGUUGCCUUGGCCGUGUGUUUUGGGCCAUUGUCAUGCUGGAAUACCCAUCCACGACCCAUUUUCAAUGCCCUGGCUGAGGGAAGGAGGUUCUCACCCAAGAUUUGACGGUACAUGGCCCCGUCCAUCGUCCCUUUGAUGCGGUGAAGUUGUCCUGUCCCCUUAGCAGAAAAACACCCCCAAAGCAUAAUGUUUCCACCUCCAUGUUUGACGGUGGGGAUGGUGUUCUUGGGGUCAUAGGCAGCAUUCCUCCUCCUCCAAACACGUUGAGUUGAUGCCAGAGCUCAAUUUUGGUCUCAUCUGACCACAACACUUUCACCCAGUUCUCCUCGGAAUCAUUCAGAUGUUCAUUGGCAAACUUCAGACGGGCAUGUAUAUGUGCUUUCUUGAGCAGGGGGACCUUGCGGGCGCUGCAGGAUUCCAGUCCUUCACGGUGUAGUGUGUUUAUUUUUUAUUUAUUUUUUUAUUUUAUUUUUUUUUUCCUUCGGGGGGAUGGAUCAGCUUAAUAUUGCAGAUAGAUUGUAUCUUCUAUCAAUGUAAUUGUCUGCAUCACUUCCAAUCCCCCAUGUUUAUUUUUAUUUUUUAUAUAUAUAUUCCCCUUUAUUACUUUUCAACCCCACCAUCCUUUCCCUACUUGGAGUAAAUUAGUGAACAACAACGCCCAGGCCUCUACUUCCGGUCUAUACUUACUAUCUACACCUUAUGGACAGAGUUAAUUUUACAAUAAUUCUAUAUCUAUAUAUAUAUAUAUAUACUUUAUUUAUUUAUUUAUUUAUUUAUUUAUUUAUUUGCUCCUGAACUUCUUCUACUCUCAACCUCUCCGAUCAUUUUCAUGAUGUCCAUCCGGUUUGCUUCUAAAUGCCAUAUCUUUCUAACUGUGCUCUUUCCCAAAAGCUCCCAACAUACAACCUAUAUACUUAUUAUGGACACAGUAUGCUUACAUUAUUAGCUAUCUUUGUUAUUAUUUGUUGUUAUUUGUUAUUAGUCCCAUCCUUCAACUCUAUUCAAUACCUCCCAUCUAUCUCUUAACACCAUCCAUAUAGGAUUUCUAUUUGCCAUAUAUAUUUCAACCGUACUGUGAUGUUUUACAAAAGUUCUGAACCUUUCUAUUCUCAUUGCUUCUACAGAUUGUGAAUUAAAAAUAAACAUUUUUGCUAAAAGUAUUAUUAUAUUAUUGAUUGAUUGACUAUGACUUUUCAGAUCAUCCAGUAAUGCUAUCUGCAAGGUUAGUUCCAGGUAAAUAUUGCAAUCCUUUAGCCAUUCCUGGACCUGUGUCCAAAAACAAGCUACAAAUGGACAGAACCAAAACAAAUGAUCUAAUGAUUCUAUCUCUUCACAGCAAAAUCUGCAGAGCUGGGAAGAUUGUAUCCCCCAUAUAAAUAACAUUCUAUUGGUAGCAAGAAUUUUAUAUAAUAAUUUAAAUUGAAAGAUUCUAAUUUUUGAAUCCGGUGUCGUUUUGCGUGUCAGUUCAUAAACACUAUGCCAUGGGAUCGGUACGUCAAAGAUCUCUUCCCAACUAUUUUGCAAUCUAUAUGGGACGGCUGUCAAUCCUUUGGUCCUUAAGUGAAACUGAUAUACUUUUUUAUUUAUCACAGUUUUCCUUAACCAAUUAUGUUCUUUAAUGCAAGGCCGACAGACAAGUUCCUUACUUUCUCCCCCUUCAACUUUCCUCUUCCACUUUUGCGGUAAGGCUGCAAUUAUUUGGUUGUAAUUUUGGGUAGAGCAGACAUUUCCAUAUGUUUUUGUUAGCUGCAUGUGCGACAUAACUCCACCAGUCCUACCGAUGAUAUCAUUUACGAAGAUUAUACCUUUUUUAAACAUUCUGUCAAAAAAUAAAGGUUUUUUGUCAAUUAGUAUAUUUGAAUUUAACCACAAUAUUUGUUGCAUUAUUUGUUCUGUCGUUUCUGGAGGAUUAAAUUGAAAUUGCAACCAACUUUCUAUGGCUUGUUUUAGAAAUAGUGACAUUUGGGAGAUUAUUUCCUUUUCAAAUAACUGAAAGUGAGAGGUUGUAAUCUGAAUAAAGGGAAAAAGGCCUUUCUUGAACAGUGGGUGAGACAAUCUUACUAAUUUGCUUGAGAACCAGUUCGGAUUUAAGUAUAACUUUUGGAUGACUGAAGAUUUUAGUGAUAGGUCUAAUGCUUUAAUAUUUAAUAAUUUCUGUCCUCCGAAUUCAUAUUCAUUAUAUAAAUAUGCUCUUUUAAUUUUGUCUGGCUUGCCGUUCCAAAUAAAAUUGAAUAUUUUUUUCUCAUAUAAUUUAAAAAACUGUUUGCUAGGCGUAGGCAAGACCAUAAGCAAAUAGGUAAACUGGGAUAAUACUAAAGAGUUAAUCAGGGUGAUUUUUCCACAAAUUGACAGGUAUUUUCCUUUCCAUGGUAGUAAGAUCUUAUCUAUUUUUGCUAACUUUCUAUUAAAAUUUAUUGAAGUGAGAUCAUUUAUUUCCUUUGGGAUAUGUAUUCCGAGUAUAUCCACAUCACCAUCAGACCAUUUUAUUGGUAAACUACAUGGUAAUGUAAAAAUUGUAUUUUUUAGUGAUCCAAUACGUAAUAUAGUACAUUUGUCAUAAUUUGGUUUUAAUCCAGAGAGGUUAGAAAAUGUAUCUAGAUCCUCUAUGAGGCUGUGGAGGGAUUCUAGUUGUGGAUCUAAAAGAAAACAUGAAUCAUCUGCGUACAAUGACACCUUUGUUUUUAAGCCCUGUAUUUCUAAUCCUCUGAUAUUAUUCUUGGAUCUGAUUUUAAUAGCUAACAUCUCGAUGGCCACAAUAAAUAGAUAUGCCGAUAGUGGACAACCUUGUUUCACUCCUCUUGACAGUUUGAAACUUUCUGAGAAAUAGCCAUUAUUUACUAUUUUACACCUAGGGUUACUAUACAUGAUUUUGACCCAUUUUAUAAGAGAUUCUCCAAAAUUGAAAUGCUCCAGGCAUUUAUAUAUAAAUUCCAGUCGAACUUUAUCAAAUGCUUUUUCGAAGUCUGCUAUGAAUAGCAGGCCUGGUUUCCCAUAUUUUCCAUAGUGUUCUAUUGUUUCCAAUACUUGCCUUAUAUUAUCUCCAAUGUAUCUUCCAUGUAAAAAACCUGUCUGAUUAGAAUGAAUAAUAUCCGACAAUACCUUUUUAAUUCUAUGCGCUAUACAUUUUGCUAGGAUUUUUGCAUCACAACACAAGUGUAAGGGGCCUCCAAUUUUGUAAAUGGACUGGAUCUUUAUAUUUUCCACUUGUAUCCUGUUUCAGUAAUAAUGAGAUCAGACCUUCUUCUUGAGUGUCAGAUAAUCUACCAUUUACAUAGGAGUGGUUAAAACAUGCUAAUAACGGUCCUCUUAGUAUAUCAAAAAAGGUUUGGUAUACCUCGAUUGGUAUGCCAUCCAACCCUGGAGUUUUCCCGGACUUAAAGUCUUUAAUUGCAUCCAGAAGUUCCUCCUCUGUAAUUUCACCUUCACAUGAGUCUUUCUGUGUGGCUGUUAAUUUGACAUUAUCAAUAGAAAAAAAAUCUCUACAAUUAGCUUCAGUUAGAGGAGAUGGAGGCGACUGAAAAGAAAACAUAUGCUUAAAAUACUUUGUUUCUUCCUUCAAAAUAUCAUUAGGUGAAUUAUGGGUGACUCCGUCAAUUGUAACCAGUUUCAUUAAGUUCUUUUUGGUAGCAUUCCUAUGUUGAAGAUUAAAAAAGAAUUUUGUGCAUUUUUCCCCAUAUUCCAUCCAGUUUGCUUUAUUUUUAUAAUAUAUUACACUUGAUCUUUCUUGAAUAAGUUUUUCCAUUUCUUUUUGUUUUUCCUCUAAUUUAUUCUGAGCCUCUAUGUUACAGUUUUUAUUGCCAUCUAUCUGUUCUGUUAGACUUUCUAUUUCCUUUCUUAGUAUAAACUCUUUUGACCUAAAUUGCUUUUGUUUUCGAGAUGAGUACUGAAUUGCAUGGCCUCUAAAGGCACAUUUAAAGGUGUCCCAUACAAUAAGGGGAUUCGCUGUACCUAUGUUAUGUUGGAAAAAGUCGGUUAUAAAUUCCUUUGUUCUAAUUAUAAAUAAAUUAUCAUCUAAUAGGCUUUGAUUAAAUUUCCAAUAUCCUCGCCCACGUGGAAAUUCAGUCAGAGUAAUGUAUAUGCCUAUUAUAUGAUGGUCCGACCGCAUUCUGUCCCCUAUCAACACUUUUUUUUACUUUUGGUGCCAACGAGAAUGAGAUAAGAAAGAAGUCAAGACGACUUGUAGUGUGUUACGAAUUGUUUUCUUGGUGACUAUGGUCCCAGCUGCCUUGUAGUUCUGGGCUGAUUCCUCACCAUUCUCAUGAUCAUUGCAACUCCACGGGGUGAGAUCUUGCAUGGAGCCCCAGGCCGAGGGAGAUUGACCGUUCUUUUGUGUUUCUUCCAUUUGCGAAUAAUCGCACCAACUGUUGUCACCUUCUCACCAAGCUGCUUGCCGAUGGUCUUGUAGCCCAUUCCAGCCUUGUGUAGGUCUACAAUCUUGUCCCUGACAUCCUUGGAGAGCUCUUUGGCCUUGGCCAUGGUGGAGAGUUUGGAAUCUGAUUGAUUGCUUCUGUGGACAGGUGUCUUUUAUACAGGUAACAAGCUGAGAUUAGUCUCAGCUCGUUACCUGUAUAAAAGACACCUGGGAGCCAGAAAUCUUUUUGAUUGAGAGGGGUUCAAAUACUUAUUUCCCUAAUUAAAAUGCAAAUCAAUUUAUAACAUUUUUGACACAUUUUUCUGGAUUUUGUUGUUGUUAUUCUGUCUCUCACUGUUCAAAUAAACAUACCAUUAAAUUAUAGACUGAUCAUUUCUUUGCCAGUGGGCAAACGUACAAAAUCAGCAGGGGAUCAAAUAAUUUUUUUCCCUCACUGUACAUCUGGCCCUUCAUUGGACACUGUUAACAAACCUCCAAACGAGCUUCAAUGCCAUACAACACUCCUUCCGUGGCCUCCAACUGCUCUUAAACGCUAGUAAAACUAAAUGCAUGCUCUUCAAUCGAACGCUGCUUGCACCCUCCCGCCCGACUAGAAUCACUACUCUCGGCGGGUCUGACUUAGAAUAUGUGGACAACUACAAAUACCUAGGUGUCUGGUUAGACCGUAUACUCUCCUUCCAGACUCACAUUAAGCAUCUCCAAUCCAAAGUUAAAUCUAGAAUCGGCUUCCUAUUUCGCAACAAAGCCUCCUUCACUCAUGAUGCUAAACAUGCCCUCGUAAAACUGACUAUCCUACCGAUCCUUGACUUCGGCGAUGUCAUUUACAAAAUAGCUUCCAACACUCUACUCAGCAAAUUGGAUGUAGUCUAUCACAGUGCCAUCAGUUUUGUCACCAAAGCCCCAUAUACUACCCACCAUUGUGACCUGUACGCUCUCGUUGGCUGGCCCUCACUACAUAUUCGUCGCCAAACCCACUGGCUCCAGGUCAUCUAUAAAUCACUUCUAGGCAAAUCCCCGCCUUAUCUUAGCUCAUUGGUCACUAUAGCAACACCCACCCUUAGUAUGCGUUCCAGCAGGUAUAUCUCACUGGUCAUCCCCAAAGCCAACACCUCCUUUGGCUGCCAUUCCUUCCAGUUCUCUGCCUCAUGACUGGAACGAACUGCAAAAAUCUCUGAAGCUGGAGACACUUAUCUCCCUCACUAUCUUUAAGCAUCAGUGUUCAGAGCAGCUUACCGAUCACUGCACCUGUACACAGCCCAUCUGUAAUUAGCCCACCCAACUACCUCAUCCCCAUAUUGUUAUUUACAUUGUUAUUUAUUUUGCUCAUUUGCACCCCAUAUUUUGCACUAUGGCCUAUUUAUUGCCUUACCUCCAUAACUUACUACAUUUGCACACACUGUAUAUAGAUUUUCUAUUGUGUUAUUGACCGUAUGUUUUGUUUAUUCCAUAUGUAACUCUGUUGUUGUUUUUAUCGCACUGCUUUGCUUUAUCUUGCCCAGGUCACAGUUGUAAAUGAGAACUUGUUCUCAACUGGCUUACCUGGUUGAAUAAAGGUGAAAUUUAAAAAAAUAAACAUUCUACCAUUCCACAGGAGAGCAAGGGUUAUGAGUUUGAGUCUGAGACAGACACAGAGACCAUUGCCAAGCUGGUGAAGUACAUGUAUGACAACCGUGAGAGUGAAGACCUCAGCUUUGCUACUCUGGUGGAGAGAGUGACCCAGCAGCUGGUAAGAGCCUGUUCAUCUACAGAGCUUCUCCUAAAACUGUCCAGAGAUGAGGUCUUGUGACCCGUCUCAUGAUUAACACUGUUCUAUCUUAUCUCUUAGGAGGGAGCUUUUGCCCUGGUCUUCAAGAGUGUCCAUUACCCUGGGGAGGCUGUAGGCACCCGGUACACUGCUUCUACACUUCUGGAUACUCCUUGAAUUGUAAAGGAAUACUAUCCAUUUAUGAUGUAUCUUUCAUUUUCUCUAAUUAUUGUAAUUGUUUGUGUUUACAUGUGAAUAGGAGGGGAGGUCCUCUGCUUAUUGGGGUGAAAAGUGACCACAAGCUGUCCACAGAUCACAUUCCUAUCCUGUACCGAUCAUGUACGUUAUUAAAUUAACUGCUCUCAAUGUCAGAGUGAAAGAAGAUGAGCAGCCCUGAGCUGUUGUGUGUCUAACAUACUGUAUUGUAUGUUCCCAGCUGGUAAGGACAAGAAGGGCUGCCCCACCCUGCCCAGGAUGGAGCAGGACACCUGCCACACACUCUUUGCUGAGGACAAGAAGUCUGUGGAGUACUACUUUGCCUCUGAUGCCAGGUCAGACUCCUCAUUAUUUUACUCAAUAGUAGUGAUAUCCCACUCAUACAAUGUUAGGUUUAUUUUUGGAUACUCUCAGAAUCAGUCUAGACAGUUGUUUGGUGAAGGUCUCCUAGGAAAGUGGGAAUUAACAACGUCAUGAUAUUUGCAUAACAACGAAUUAGGAUUGACUGUUGCACUGUUCUCAUGGCAGCGCGGUGAUUGAGCACACCAACCGGGUGAUCUUCCUGGAGGAUGAUGACGUGGCAGCGGUGACGGACGGACGGCUCACCAUCCACCGCAUCAAGCGUACAGCCGGAGACCACCCUGCCCGCGCCAUCCAGACCCUGCAGAUGGAGCUGCAGCAGAUCAUGAAGGGUGAGGGGAAGGUGGAGGGUAGAGGCUGGGGGCAUAGCACUGUCAUGGGUCUACCCUCUGUAAAGAUGAUGGUGAUGGUGUUACUAGGAAUUAAUGAGAGCCCUAGAAUGCCUGUAAUUGAUUAUUAUCAUUGUCAAUACAGUCACAAAUAGUACAGUAUAAAAGGGUCAUAUUUACUUGUUAAUGCAACACAUAGCACACACACACUUUCCCCUGCCUCGACCAAGUCUCAAAGGCUGUGUGUGUACAGGUAUACCACCAUAUUCUAGUGUUUCAGUACCCUGCCCUGUACUUUUAGUCCAGGAGCCUUUUAUUACUGUGCCAGCUGUAAAUAACAGCAGGUUUCAGAUCUGUUAUACUACUGAGGUUGCUCUGAGGCCUACACACACACACACACAGCCAGGUGUUUAUGGGGCUUCCUGGCUGACUCUGGUCCCCAGGGAAGAGGCCUGCAUCAAAGGUAAGGGCUCAGACACCCUAGCUCCUUUGCAGAGAUCACACCAAGCACUUCUAUAUUGAGCUCGCUGCUCGGAAACAUCAGCUUCCUGUGUAGCAGACUGUGACUAAAGCUUUCAUGUCAGAUCUGAAUUCUCAGCGUUCUGCUGUAAAGAGAUGAUUUCCCCCCUGAAUAGUCAGAAUUCUCCCACUUCCCCUUGUCUCCAGCAGAGGAUGCUGAUAUACUGCCAGUCAGUUUCAGGAGACAUUCCUUUGCGGUUCUGUCAUUUAAGCCCCUGCCUCUCUCUCCUCCUUAGCCUCCAUUCCAGGAGCUCUGCUGAAAUAACCUAAUUCGCAUGACCUAAAUUACGGUCAGAGCAAAAGCAGGCUUCAAAACAUUCUCGUAUUUCAUUGUCACAAAGGGCCGUUCGAGGAAAUCACCAUCUCCCUGUUGCCUCUUGUUUAUUUAAUUUAGUGAAGACAACUGAUGAUGGAUUUCUGUAUUAAAGACACAAGAUCAUUAUGUCAUCAUUUAUCUCCUGUGUUAUUUAUCUCCCAACAGCUAUAAAAGGCUGAAUUAGAGCAGCAAAACAACAUGUUUUCCAGACUGGCUUACUUUUAGUAUUCAUUAUGUGGCAACCGUAACCUUUAUAAAAUUCCUAACACUUUUUUGUGAUGUUGAAGACUCUGAUCCAAUGUUUUUUGGAACGCUUUUCAGGUAACUACAGCUCCUUUAUGCAGAAGGAGAUCUUUGAACAGCCAGAGUCUGUGGUCAACACCAUGAGAGGAAGGGUCAACUUUGAUGACAACACGGGUGAGAUGACAGUUCCAGUGUAACACACAAUGUCUGUCAUUAUACCCAUCAAGGUUGUAUCCUCAUGAUCAAUUUCUCUCUGAAUACAUACCAAGGAAAGUGAUAUUUGAUAACUGUAUUUUGAUUGGCUGUUUCUGUUUGUAUCUGUAGUAAUCCUGGGUGGACUGAAGGAUCACAUUAAAGAGAUCCAAAGGUGUCGACGGCUCAUCCUCAUCGCCUGUGGCACCAGCUACCAUGCUGGGGUGGCGGUGAGUACCAGAUUCCCUUUUAUAAGGCAGGAAUAUUAGGUCACCAGCAUAACAUGGAGUCAACUAGAGCCUAAGGCUUCAAGAUAGGAAAAACAACUAUACAAACAAAGACAUAAGUAAGUUAUUGCUCUGGGUUGUACAUAGAAACAUAUUUUUCAGUGUGGAUGUCUUGUGUGAUCCAGUGCUGAUGAACAGUGCUAAUCUUUCCCACCAGACUCGCCAGGUACUGGAAGAGCUGACUGAGCUGCCUGUUAUGGUGGAGCUGGCCAGCGACUUCCUGGAUAGAAACACACCAGUGUUCCGAGACGACGUCUGCUUCUUCAUCAGCCAAUCAGGUGGGAGGAUCGGCGUAAUCUUGAAGUGUCUCUCUCUCUCUAGGGACCUGAACAUUUUCACUGUGUCUGUCUUUGUCUUUACACAAUACGGCUUGUCUCGUACAAGCAAUGUCUCGUUCAAGUAAAUGCUUGGCCCUAUGCCAAUGCACCCAAAGCAAUUCCUUUACUGCUGACUUCGUGUUUAUACUGAAUAUAUAGGCUUGAUGAUGUCCUGUAUUCCUGUCUAUGGAAUCUGAUAUCGUAUGCAGGAUCUACACAUAGUCCAUGUAGUGGUAACCGCUUACAGUAUCUAGCCUGAGUGCUGAUUGCAUUGCUACCAUUGUGUGCAGGUGAGACAGCAGACAGCCUGAUGGCCCUGCACUACUGUAAGGAGAGAGGAGCCCUGACGGUUGGUGUUACCAACACAGUGGGCAGCUCCAUCUCCAGAGAGACCGACUGUGGGGUGCACAUCAACGCUGGGCCAGAGAUAGGAGUGGCCAGCACCAAGGUGAGGGGACAGAGUCAUUUCUCCAGGCUGAUGCCUUUCCUAUUGUUUCACAUACUGUCCUGUUGAAACAGGAAACCUUCCCUUCACCAUCCUCAGCUCUGGUCAACCUUUUUUCACUUCUAUGGUGGGAAAAAACGCAGGCAGGUUGAAAUGUCUGGGGAAACUCUCCAUUCAGGGUAUACCAUCAGUCUUCUCUCAGGGCAGGGAAAUUCCUCCUAUCCAGCUCCGGAGUGUUUCAGUUGGUCAGACUGCAUUAGGGUUGUUGGAGAUGAAUGGAAUGGUCUCCUCAAUUAUAGUAGAAUUAUGCAGUCCAGAGGAAGUUUCGCAUGGCUUGGUCUAUUUAAUAGCCUCCAUAACUGGCCCGUAAAUACACUAUAAAUACAAAAGUAUGUGGACACCCCUUCAAAUUAGUGGAUUCGGCUAUUUCACCCACACCUGUUCCUGACCGGUGUAUAGAAUCCAGCACACAGCCAUGCGAUCUCCAUAGACAAACAUUGGCAGUAGAAUAGCCUAACUGAAGAGCUCAGUGACUUUCAAUGUGGCACUGUCAUAGGAUGCCACCUUUCCAACAAGUCAGUUCGUCAAAUUUCGGCCCUGUUGGAGCUGCCCCAGUCAACUGUAAGUGCUGUUAUUGUGAAGUGGAAACAUACAGGAGCAACAACAGCUCAGCCAUGAAGUGGUAGGCCACACAAGCUCACAGAACGGGACCACCGAGUGCUGAAGCGUAUAGCGCGUAAAAAUAGUCUGUCUUCGGUUGCAACAGUCACUACUGAGUUCCAAACUGCCUCUGGAAGAAAUGUCAGCACAAGAACUGUUCGUCGGGAGCUUCAUGAAAUGGGUUUCCAUUGCUGAGCAGCUGCACACAAGUCUAAGAUCAGCAUGAACAAUGCCAAGCGUCGGCUGGAGUGGAGUAAAGUUCGCCACAGUUGUACUCUGGAGCAGUGGAAACGCGUUCUCUGGAGUGAUGGCAGUCCGGCGGACAAAUCUUGGUUUGGCGGAUGCCAAGAGAAUGCUACCUGCCCCAAUGCAUAGUGCCAACUGUAAAGUUUGGUUGAGGAGGAAUAAUGGUCUGGGGCUGUUUUUCAUGGUUCGGGCUAAGCCCCUUAGUUCCAGUGAAGGGAAAUCUUAACGCUACAGCAUACAAUUACAUUCUAGACUAUUCUGUGCUUCCAACUUUGUGGCAACAGUUUGGGGAAGGCCCUUUCCUCUUUUAGCAUGACAAUGCCCCCGCACACAAAGUGAGGUCCAUACAGAAAUGGUUUGUCGAGAUCGGUGUGGAAGAACUUGACUGGCCUGCACAGAGCCCUGACCUCAACCCCAUCGAACACAUUUGGAAUUCAUUGGAACGCCGACUGCGAGCCAGGCCUAAUCGAGCAACAUCAGUGCCCGACUUCACUAAUGCUCUUGUGGCUGAAUGGAAGCAAGUCCCCGCAGCAAUCUUCCAACAUCUAGUGGAAAGCCUUCCCUGAAGAGUGGAGGCUGUUAUAGCAGCAAAGGCGGGACCAACUCCAUAUUAAUGACCAUGAUUUUGGAAUGAGAUGUUCGACGAGCAGGUUUCCACAUACCUUUGGUCAUGUAGUGUAUUUAUUUUUGCAAUAACAUGAGGUUCAUGCCAAUCUACUGCACUGUUGGUUUUCUGUAUAGUUAAUGCAAACCCUGAAGUACUUGGACACUAAUGUCAAUGCAUAGCACAUGUAGUUAACCCCUCUUUCUCUUGAAAUGAGAGAACUUCCUCUGAGAUAAGUGUCUGGAUCAUUUUGGAAGAGGUUAUUUGAAACUGCUAUAUCCCACUGCUCUACACAGAACACAUAGUGCCUGAUAUUCUCAUCUUUACACUGUGAAAUGUAGGAAUCCAUGGUUCCCCUCCCCCUCUACUCUGAGCAGUGAUCCUACAGUUGGCCAGAGUGGGGUUGGAGAUGACUGGAGUGAGUUCCACUCAGCAGUGGAGUCCCAGUCCCAGCUGCAGAGAGCGAGAGAGAGGCAGGUCCCUCCCUGCUCUGGCGCUCAGGCUUGGCUCAGGGACCCUCCAGUAGGUCCAAGUCUCCAGCACAGAGCAGAAAGCCUGCAGAGCACGUCUCAAAGACGCCAUCCUUUACUGCUUGGCUGGCCCAGGCCCACACACCCAACCCAGAACAGCACAGCUUAUCACUUAUCAGAGGAGAUUAUGUAUUUCACCCACUGCUCAAUACACGCUCCCACUGACUCCGUUCGUGGUAGCUUUUCAUAAUAACAAUAUUAUUCAGAUUAACUUUCUGGGGGACAUUCAACUGCAUGCCUCUGGUGACGUCUUGUUUUUAUGAUUCGUCCCAGAAUCGAGGCUGUCCGCAGAACUAGGCCUGCUAAACAAGGUCCGGGAGAAUGAAGGGGAUGGCUUUGCUCAGAUCGACACCUCUUCUUGUAUAUAUUUCACCAUUCACUUCACCCCCUUAUCCAAACAAUAGCGAUUGUGGGAGUGAAUGUAAGCAAAUGAGAGCCACCUGUGGUCUUUGUCCAAAUAGAAAACUUGGAGCAUGCUUGUACACUUAAAUAUUUGAUGUAACUGCUUGUCAUGCUGUAUUGCCUGACAUGAGGAGAAAUACUGCCCACGUUUGAGGCCUCUGGGACAUGGUUGCGUCAGUGUGUGUGACAGGCUAGCAUGUGGCAUGAGCUGCUCUCCUCUGUCGACAUUCUGGAUAGAGGGAUGGGGGCUUUAACAUAGAAGAGGACCGUGGCUUUAAUAUGCGGAUUAAAUGCACUGCCACAAUCUGAGUGGAUGGCUAGGACUGUGUGACGGUUUUAGAUGCUGCCACUGCUGCGUCCAGGGGUCCUGUCAAAUGACUUGGCUCCUCUUGAAGAACGUUGAUUUAAAUCUCCCAAACGGGCUCGGAGAGCCUUCUAACAUGCCUCCAGAGUGGGGAGGGUGGAUGAUGACGGCAGGCUUGGGCUGAGACGUGUGGGUGUUGUGACACUUUUCAGAAACAUAAACGUGAAGCACAUCAUGGUUUUACUCUCUUAAGUUCUAGUUAGUGCCAGCUGUUUCUGUGCUGUUUGUUUUGCUAGUGUCUUAUUGUCAGGGGAUGUGUUCAUCGGUAGCGUUGCCAGAUUGUGUGCUCAUAAUGCUAGCUAGCUCUCCACUGCCCUGUCCUGCAGUAGAGGGCCUAUCUGUGUAGGCCUAUCUGUGUCCAGCCCAGCUCUCCAUCCACCUCUCAUCAGGUCCACAUUAUUAAUGUGGAGCUGGAGACCAGCACAGGCAACCAGAGCAGGCGGACAAGACGCUACAGCUCCAAUAACGGUACUGCAAAGCAAACAACGGGGGGGAUCUGGCAACCCAGGUGCGUUGCUUAGCUCAGGGUUCUGUCAUCUCUGGCCCAGGAUAGAGAGAGAAGACUGUAAGGAUGCCUUUUGUUUAGAUCCAGCAGCCCUAGAGGUGUGAUGCUCACCUCUCACCUGCUGAGAGAGAACAGCAGCUGGGCGACAACCGUACCUCAAUCUUUCUGUACUGUCUGAUUCCUCCCAGAGCAUUAAGCAUGCAUUAUGUCUGACUGUGUCUGUUCUGUUGUUUUGCAGGCCUACACCAGUCAGUUUGUGGCUCUGAUCAUGUUUGCGCUGUUGAUGUGUGAUGACAGGAUCUCCAUGCAACCACGGCGACGUGAGAUCAUCCAGGGCCUGAGAGUUCUGCCAGGUAGGCCAGACCACAUGCACAUCUACCAAGACAUUGCAUUGUACUGUUCAUAACCAUAAACGCUAAUGUCGGUGUGAUGCUCACAGGGAUGUGUAGAUUAUUCGACACACUUGUACUGACCUACAGUAAUAUAGACAGCAGCAGGUAAUGGUCGGAGUCGGAGGUAAUGGUCGGAGUCGGAGGUGAUGGUCAGAGGUAAUGCUCAGUCGGAGGUGAUGGUCAGAGGUGAUGGUCAGAGGUAAUGGUCAGAGGUGAUGGUCAGAGUAGGAGGUAAUGGUCAGAGUCUGAGAUAAUUGUCGGAGGUAAUGGACAGAGGUAAUGGUCAAAGUCGGAGGUAAUGGUCGGAGGUAAUGGUAUGGGUCGGAGGUAAUGGUAUGGGUCGGAGGUAAUGGUAUGGGUCCGAGGUAAUGGUAUGGGUCCGAGGUAAUGGUCGGGGUCGGAGGUAAUGGUCAGAGUCAGAGGUACAGUGGCUUGCGAAAGUAUUCACCCCCCUUGGCAUUUUUCCUAUUUUGUUGCCUUACAACCUGGAAUUAAAAUGUUUUUUUUAUUGUGAAACAAACAACAAAUAAGACAGAAAAACAGAACUUGAGCAUGCAUAACUAUUCACCCCCCCCCCCCAAAGUCAAUACUUUGUAGAGACAACUUUUGCAGCAAUUACAGCUGCAAGUCUCCUGGGGUAUGUCUCUAUAAGCUUGGCACAUCUAGCCACUGGGAUGUUUUCCCAUUCUUCAAGGCAAAACUGCUCCAGCGCCUUCAAGUUGGAUGGGUUCCGCUGGUGUACAGCAAUCUUUAAGUCAUACCACAAUUGGAUUGAGGUCUGGGCUUUGACUAGGCCAUUCCAAGACAUUUAAAUGUUUCCCCUUAAACCACUCGAGUGUAGCUUUAGCAGUAUGCUUAGGGUCAUUGUCCUGCUGGAAGGUGAACCUCCGUCCCAGUCUCAAAUCUCAGGAAGACUAAAACAGGUUUCCCUCAAGAAUUUCCCUAUAUUUAGCGCGAUCCAUCAUUCCUUCAAUUCUGACCAGUUUCCCAGUCCCUGCCGAUGGAAAAACAUCCCCACAGCAUGAUGCUGCCACCAUCAUGCUUCACUGUGGGGAUGGUGUUCUCGUGGUGAUGAGAGGUGUUGGGUUUGCGCCAGACAGCGUUUUCCUUGAUGGCCAAAAAGCUACAUUUGUCUCAUCUGACCAGAGUACCUUCUUCCAUAUGUUUGGGGAGUCUCCCACAUGCCUUUUGGCGAAGACCAAACAUGUUUGCUUAUUUUUUUCUUUAAGCAAUGGCUUUUUUCUGGCCACUCUUCCGUAAAGCCCAGCUCUGUGGGGUGUACGGCUUACAGUGGUCAUAUGGACAGAUACUCCAAUCUCUGCUGUGGAGCUUUGCAGCUCCUUCAGGGUUAUCUUUGGUAUCUUUGUUGCCUCUUUGAUUAAUGCCCUCCUUGCCAGGUCUGUGAGUUUUGGUGGGCGGCACUCUCUUGGCAGGUUUGUUGUGGUGCCAUAUUCUUUCCAUUUUUUAAUAAUGAAUUUAUUGGUGCUCCGUGGAAUGUUCAAAGUUUCUGAUAUUUUUUUAUAACCCUACCCUGAUUUAUAACUUUGUCCCUGACCUGUUUGUAGAGCUCCUUGGUCUUCAUGGUGCCGCUUGCUUGGUGGUGCCCCUUGCUUAGUGGUGUUGCAGACUCUGGGGCCUUUCAGAACAGGUGUAUAUAUACUGAGAUCAUGUGACAGAUCAUGUGAAUGGUCGGAGGUAAUGGACAGAGGUAAUGGUCGGAGUCGGCGGUAAUGGUCGGCGUCUGGGUUAAUGGUCAGAGGUAAUGGUCGGGAGUCGGAGAUAACAGUCUGAUGUAAUGGUCGGAGGUAAUGGUCGGAGGUAAUGGUCAGAGUCUGAGAAUUGUCGGAGGUAAUGGUCAAGGUCGGAGGUGAUGGUCAGAGGUGGAGGUGAUGGUCAGAGUCAGGGCAGCCAGAGAGAGCUGGGAAAGCACACGCAUGUUAGUAGGCCUCCUGGGUCUGUCUCGGUUAUCUGGCAGCCACGUCGCUCCAACUUCACUGUUUUUGUUUGAGCAAUAUACUUUGAUAUCAGAGAGCUAAUGCAAGGGCUGUGCUGUGGAGGCGUCCUCAGCGAGAGGGAGAGUACAGGGGAGAGGGAGGAGGUUUCAGCAGCUGGGUCAGUCCUGGCUGUUUGCCCUGGCACACUCCUCUGGACCCAAAGCCUAUGAUGGGAUCGGGUUUCCCUUAUUGUAAACGAAUUUGGUUAGGAAUGCCACACUCCGCUCUGUCCCUCUCCCUGAACCCAAGCCCCCAUUGACCCCAGCCUCCAGGACCUGUUAACAGUGGCCUGCUGGACUGUGCCAUAGGAUGGGUGUUAGUUUACUGUACUGUCUUUCAUCCAGGGGGUUGGUGUGAUGAAAUGUAUUUUCUGACGUGUUGUUUCAAGACAUUCAGCAGAUCAUUACGUUUUUGUUUCUCCCAGAUGUAUUGGAAUAUCAUUAGCUAAUAUUAUUAUCUACCUCCUUUUUGUCUGUUUGUACCUAUCUGUGCGUGUGUAAACCUGCUCCUGUCCUCUCUCUCUCUGUCUCUCGCUGUGUGUGUGUGUGUCAGACCUGAUCAAGGAGGUGCUGAGUCUGGAUGAUGAGAUCCAGAGACUGGCCACAGAGCUGUACCAGCAGAAGAGUGUUCUCAUCAUGGGCCGAGGCUACCACUAUGCCACCUGCUUGGAGGGAGCACUGGUCAGCACGCCCACCUCUAUCUCCCCUUUGUAAAGCUAUCAUAAUGUGUCUUCAGACAUGAAUUCUACUCAAAACUCCAUUCUCAACUCCUAAAUGAGAUUAUCAUCACUUUCCAAUAGCCCACAAUAAGUCUGCAGAGCUGUGGAGAAAAUGUUCUGCCUCAACCUCACGCAAGCCCUAAUGGAGCCUAGCCUGCAGGAAUGUCUGCUGAAGUGUUUUGGAUCACAGCAAAUAAUUAGACUGAUCUAGAAACGGCUCUCUUGUAUAAUUGCAACCAUACUCCACACUAUUUAUGGAUUCUUCAAGUUCUAUGUAUUGCCAAUCCUCCAGUAUCUCAAACAGAGGCACACAAAUGUGAAGGGAAAAUGUUGGGUCAGUGUGCUGUACUCCUCAGUCUGACCUAGUGUUCCCAGGCCAGUCUACUGUUCCCUAUAGAAUUUAAGAUAAGAUCCUCGGGUUGUGUGUCCCUGGUGUGUAUGUGAGUCGCAGUGAGUGGUUGCCGAUCUGACUGAGGUGUUUGUGCCUCUCUCCUCUCCAGAAAAUCAAGGAGAUCACGUACAUGCACUCAGAGGGCAUCCUGGCCGGGGAGCUGAAGCACGGGCCUCUGGCCCUUGUCGACAAACUCAUGCCCGUCAUCAUGAUCAUCAUGAGAGACCACACCUACACCAAGUGUCAGAACGCACUGCAGCAGGUGGUGGCCCGCGCGGUAAGAACUGCCAACACACACGCAAUAUCUUGAUACACACUAUUUAGCUUUCCUCCCCCCAACUGUUGAAAGGUUAGAACCACAGUAAACCAUUGCCAAUUAUGUUAUCUGGUUGUUAAAAUGGUAGAUUGUACUACCUGUUGUAGUGACCACCUACCUUCCAGUAUAAAAUAAAUACAAUGACUCAAAGACAUGGAUAUUAAGUGCUUUAUGCACACAUACUUUACACAUUAGAUAUGUUUUUACAGUAAUAUCAAAUGGACCUCACAAUUCCAUUCACCACAAUAAGGUGCAAGGGAGGUUGGAGGAGUUAUUUCACAAUGAUAUCACCACUCACUAAUCUACCACAGAUGUGGACCUGGGCUUUGGAUUUGCGACAGAAAAGAAAGUGAAAGCAGGUAUUCUUCAGGGAAGGACCAAACUAUUACAUUCACAUUUCCAAACUGAACUCCAGGUUGAAGGAAAUGACACGCGGCGUUGUCCUGGAAACAUAAUGCCAUUUGUUUGGUUUACAGGGCCGACCCAUCGUGAUCUGUGACAAGGAUGACUACGAGACCGCCAAGAGCUCGAGCCGCACCAUCAAAGUGCCGCACUGUGUGGACUGUCUGCAGGGCGUCCUGAGUGUCAUCCCCCUGCAGCUGCUCUCCUUCCACCUGGCCGUGCUCAGGGGCUUUGAUGUGAGUACUGCACUGUCACGGAGUUGGGUUCUUACUGUAGGCCUUCACAAUGGGUAGUCUAUUUCUUAGGGUUGGAACUUGGCAAAUGUUGAAAUGUCUAUCUAUUCUCUCCCAAUACAGGUGGAUUUCCCAAGGAACCUGGCCAAGUCUGUG